AUGGCGAUGUGUCGCGAUUUAAAAUUGUCGUUCGCGGAAACGAAAGAAAUGCUGCUCACUGGGUUGAAGUCCAGGGAAGUUGCGAGGUCUCUGCUGACUGUUCGACACGACGAUGAGUGGCAGCUUCUUCGUGAUUUGAGGAACAAUGAACGGUUGGAUUUAAUUUCGGUUCCAGAGAGGCGUAUUUUGCCAGAGAAGAGAAAGUGUUUUCGCUGUGGAGCAGAGGGCCACAUUUCUAAAAACUGUAACACUCCGAGAGUGGAAAAUAACAACACCAAAUGUUUUCCGUGUUUUAAGUGCGGGAAAAUGGGACACUUCGCGCGCGAGUGCCAAGUACCGGGUCGCGAUUCGCGAGAAAGACAAGUAAUAGGGCGAAACGAAAAUUCGCAACGGGGUGCUACUGCAAACGAAGUGGCGGCGCAAGUAAAGACAAUAAAUGCUCAGUCGGACAAUCUGAAGUAUUUUAAGGACGUGAAAAUUAACGGGGUGGAAGUUAGGGGUUACGUGGACAUGGGAGCGGAAGUUUGUGUCAUCCGGGAUGAUUAUGUACCCAAAUUAAAACUUAUGUGUGACUGGGACAAGAAGAAGGACGUUACGGGCUACGGCGGUGCAGUUACAAGUGUUUUAGGAGCCGCACAGGUGGAUGUAGAAAUCGACGGCAUCAACGCCCAGGUCGAACUCCUGGUGGUGCCGAGGGAAACCCAGGAGAUUCCAGUGAUAUCGGGCAUCCAUACACCGAACAGCCGCACAUCGAAAUUGUAA